CCCGCCUUAGGCCUAAUGUUGAUCAAUCUUUGAAGAAGGCCUGAGGCCUAGUUGCUAGCGGUGCGAGACUGUGGGCUACACACCCUCUCUGCUACACACAGUAGGCCUACACACUUUCUGUAGAUCUGUAAUCUGUAGUGAUCUGACUCUGACCCGAGAUAACUCUAUGCUCUGACCUAAUCACCAAUCAGCUGGUGGUAGCAUAGAAUUCUACACUUAAUCUAGAUCUAGAUCUAGAUAUCUAAGCCUCUCGUUCCACCUGCAUGACCUGAAGACCAUUUUAAAAUAUUUUAAUUGGUGAGAGCAGACCCUUUGUUGUUGUGAGACUUGCUCUUCAAGAAAGCUGAUGACUGACUGAUCCACUUUGCUUCGAUUGCUAUCAUGGCUUUUGGCUGGAAGCUGCAUGUGAUACUCUCGUUUUUCUUCAUCCUGGCUGCUAUAAACAAAGGUGUUGCUGGGUACAAGCAUGUGGUGUUAAUGCAUGGCAUUUUAGCAGGACCAGAUGAGUUUGACUAUUUUGCUACUCUUGUAAAGCAAGCUUAUCCUGGCACUCCUGUCACACAAAUCGAUGCCUUUAACCACCUGGAAAGUUUGACAACCAUGUGGGAUCAGGUGGACAAGAUCUCAAAACUGGUCUCACCGAUCUUGACCAAUUCAUCAAGUGGGACUGUUUUGGUCUGUUUUUCUCAAGGUGGUCUCAUUUGCAGAGGUCUCCUGGCUACAAUACCACACAAUGUGGAGACUUUCAUCAGUCUCAGUUCUCCACUUGCUGGCCAGUUUGGAGACACGGAUUAUUUGAAGUUUUUCUUUCCUUACUACGUCAAAGAAAACAUUUACAAGCUGUUCUACACUGAAGUUGGACAGGUCUUUUCUGUUGGUGGAUACUGGAAGGAUCCUCAUGAGCAAAAAUUGUUCCAGAAAUUUUCAACUUACCUGGCAACUUUGAACAACCAGUCUGACACUUUCAACCCAAAGAGUCAUGAGUUCAAAGAAAACUUCCUGAGACUGAAAAACAUUGUGAUGGUUGGUGGACCUGAUGAUGGAGUCAUUACACCAUGGCAGUCUAGUCAGUUUGGUAUGUACAAUGCCUCAGAGAAAGUGCUGCCCAUGGAAAAGCAAGAAUGGUACCUGAACGAUGCCUUUGGCCUGCAGACUUUAGCAAAGAGGGGAGGUCUUCAUUUGCACACCAUUCCUGGCAUUCAUCACGUCAGAUGGCACAAGGAGUUACAAAUCUUUAAAUGCUGUGUUCUGCCUUGGCUUACAUAGGUUGUAAUUCAUAGGUAAGGUAUUGUAAUAAGACAUUCCUUUUGUUUGGUUUAGAACCACCUCGGUUUACCGAAUGAUAAAGAUUCCAUUCCUUUUGCCACUGCAGAUUUAUACCAAGAAUCCUUCUCAUUCAGAAAAGAGAAUAUAAUAUCAACUUUACUUUCAAAACUUUCCGAGUUUCUGAAGAAGAAUACCACCUGCUAUAAUUUUACCUGCCUUUGUAUUUAGAAUUUAUCUUUACACAUGUCUAUAUUUUUGUGAAUUUGGUAUCCCAUGUUUUGGAAAAACAUUAGGCUGCAAAUUAUGGACUUGUGUUCUUUAUCUGUUUUUAAAAAAAAUCUCUCUAAUGUCGAUGGGGGUGGUUAACUCAAAGUGCAAGAUGUGCACCUCAUUUCUUCUCUCCUGUUCGAAUCUUUUUAUGAUAAAAACAAAAGUUUCCCUGUUUUUCAUAUAGAUGUGCACUUAAUUUUUUACCCCUCUAGAAGUGAUUUAUUUUCGUGCUCAAACAAGAAGAAAGUUGCCCAGAAUUAUAUUCUACAUUUAGCAGCAUGAGUUUUUAUUAUUCAACUUACAGAUAGAAAUGUUUGCGUUGUUUUUUCCCAAAGUUUUCCUAUACGAGAAUCAUACGCCUUGUCUCAAUGUGCAGACCACAAUACCUUUACAUUUUAUUUUUCUCUUUAUGUGGGUUUUUUUCUGGUAAGCUUUAAAAUGUUAAAGCCCAUGCAUUUAUGUCAAUUUAGAUGUUACCUGUUGAAAAAUUUCAUGAGAGAUCUAUGAUGGUAGACAAGUUGAGAUCCAUGACAACGUACAAUUAGAAAUCUUAUUGUAGAUACACCAUGAGUUCUGAAAUAAUUCUGUUUUGUGUCUUACAUACUUUGAUAAUAUUUUUGAUCUAGUAAUAUUAUAUGCAAUUUUGAUUUGCUUCAAGCAGAAUUUCAGGGUCUGUAUGUGUAGAAUUUGAUAGACUUUAACAUUUUUUAGCAACAUUGUGAAAAAAAA